CACGACAGCCCUCGUGCCUCCCAUCUUUUUUCUGCAUCACCUCACCAUUCGCCCUCUAAAGCCAGGUAUCCCAUAUGACAUUUGACGCUCACGGCGACAGUCCGGUGCAUGUGCCUCUUAUUCGCCGCGAAGUAUCCAAAAUCGACUACUCGCGACCACCACGCAUCGGGCUAGUGUACUCGUCCGAAAACUGGGAUGACAUGGAGGCUCUGGUCAAUGACCUGCGGUACGAGCUGACCGACACCUACAACAUCUCGCCUAUCCAGUUAAAGACCACACAAGCCGAGAGCAUUUACGACCUGCCCUUGUUCAUCAGCCAUCUGAACAGCCGCUGCGAUAUUGUCCUGGCGCUGGGCGUUGUGUACAGGAAUGCACCCGACUACGAGCCCCGGCUGGUGACCGCACUGACGCAAAGGCUGUCGGGCACGAUCAUAUCACGGAUACCUGUCUUUGACUGCAUUCUGGUCAGGCAGAGCCGUGUGCAGCUGGAGGAGCACGUAAAGCUGCUAAAGAGCGGUGGCUCGGGGUUUGGCAAAAUCUGGGCCAGCCGAGCGAUUGAUGCCUUCAAUGUGCUGUCCAAGCCAGCCAUUUAAGCUCGUUUCCGCCACCACUGCGUCCAAAUUUGUAAUGUUUUGUGUUAGUAAAAG